UAAAAGUUUUUUACCUACUUUUUCCGGGCUGAAACCACGAAAAAGCUUUCAAAAUACUUUUGUAACACCACCGGAACCAACUCACAAUCAACGCCAGAGAGUACAGAAAUCGCUAUCACGGAAAGAUCUCCUGCAAUUCAGAUUACGGAAAGUCUAUUAGUCGUUCUUUAAAAUGAUAGAAAAAGGCGAUUCUGUGUACCGGGUGAAUGUGCAAACAACCAAAACUCUCGAGGAGCUCCGGGCGCUGAAUGCACGGAACGAUAGGCUGCUAGCUGAUUUCGGUGUCGAUGUGUUCACGUUAAAAGAUACGGUACAGGAGCUUCUGGAGCAGUUUUCUCAGAUACGCCAGCAUACCGGAUUGGGAGUUGAACGACCCGAACUGUCCUUUUUGGACGAGUUCCUGCAGCAGCGCGAGGCCAAACGGCUAGAGGCGAAACUGCAUUCCAUGGAAUUGAAAUCCGAAAUCGAAGCUCUACAGAACGCAGUUGACUGUGUCGAGAAAGAAACAAAACAGCUGGAAUGCUUCCUAGAGGAAAGCGAAUCGCUUGUCACGACCGGAGAUCAGUACGAAAAGAGGCAUGCAUUGCUGGAAAAGAGCAUCGAGCAAAUCAAGGGCCGUCAGAAACACCUCACGAACCUCACGAACGAGAUCGAUCUGGAUGAACUGAUCGCCAAUGUGCGUCUGCUGGAGGAGGAAACUGCUUCGCGCCGGAAUGAGAACUGAACUGGGUUUGUUGAGCGAGGAUUAGGGGACUUCGGGGUAACAGAGACCAAACAAAUAACGAUUCAUGCUAUUGCGCUGGCAUUUCUCCUGGGAAUCACCGACAAGAUCAGAGAGCCACAUAAACAUGGUCAGAUGCUGGGGUUGUUGUCGAGAGAUUGGCAACGUCAGCACAUAAUGUGUCGCGGUCCUGGUUUAUGUUUCAAGGGGAUUUUUUAACGCAACUACCUGGUGCAGCUACCGGGAUCUUUCACAGGAAAUCUAAAACCACCAUCAGGUGAUUCAUGCAAAAGGUAUUGAAAGAAUGUCUUUUCGGUACGUCGAUUGCCUGGCUGUUGUUUUGGAAACGUGUAUUUUAAAGGGAUAACGGGGAAAAACACAUUCGUUCACCGUUCCCUUCGUGCCUGUGAAAUGAUUAAAUAAGUAAAAUACGUUCAAACAUAACUUGUAUACAUUACUAGCAUUUAUAUCAAGGUCGCUCUUAACCAAGCCUUGACAAACAUUCGAUUACACUUUGAUUCAACAGUUUAGUAGGAUUAAAGGGAUACGAAUUGCUAUAUACUUAAAUAAACUGAAACCAAUUACAAAUGCAAGGCCAAUGUGCACAACGCACGUAAAAUGUUAUGAAAAAUAGUAUAAUUUUCUUUAUUAUCGAAUUGAUGUAUUCUGGACAGUACAGUAGCAGGUAUGAAAGAGUUUUCUUUUUCAACAUGUUCAGAACGAAUAAUCUUUUUUUGGUUUAAAGUCUCAAAAAAGAAAAUA